GUCGUUAUUGCCACGGACACUGUUGGGUUAUCCGCGCUGAUCGUAUUGGCUACUAGCUGUGACCUCUGAACCAGGCAUAAUUCGCUAGGCGACGCUUAUCCUUUCGUAUGUUCCUUCAGUGCUAAGCUUACUCGAAAAUGGAAGCUCUCGUAGCGCAGGUCCAGGCGCUUUCUAACCCUAAUGACCUGAGCCAACUUCAUAGCGUACUUAAGAAUGCUGAAACUGUCUUCACACAAAAUAGUCAACACAUUGCAGCGGCGCUACAAGCUUUAGAUCCAGCGGAGCACUCUUUGGGCUAUGCAUAUUUCCUUCAUCACCUCGGCAAGAUUAACCUGCCGGUGCCGGAUGCUGGCUACAUCGACAAUGUGACACGCUUCCUCAUGGUCUGCCAGCCAGCCCAAAUUCAAGUGGCACCUGACAUUUUCUGCUCCGUCUCCCGGCGGCUCAAGGACCAUCUGCUGUCCGCCCACUCCCCCCGCCGGGGCGUGCUGCCCCUGCGGGCGGGUCUGGCGGCGCUGCAGCCCUCCCCCGAGGUGCUCACACCCCUGCAUGCGGAUCUGUGCCAGAUCUGCCUGCUUUCCAAGUGCUACAACGCCGCCGCCCCCGUGCUGCGGCAGGACAUCUUCGACGUGGCGCCGCAGCAGACGGGAUGCACCCCCACCGACCUGUUCCUGUACUGCUACUACGGCGGCAUGGUGUGCAUAGGUCGCAAGCAGUACCCCCGCGCGCUUGAGCUGCUGCUGCAGUGCCUGACCGCCCCCGCAGUGGCUGGUAACGCCAUCGUGGCGGCAGCCUACAAGAAGUACGUGCUGGUGUGCCUGCUGCAUGCGGGCCAGCUGCUGCCGCUACCCAAGUUCACCUCCCCUGCCGUACGGCACGUCAUCGAGUCCGAGGCCCGGCCGUACAACGACCUUGCAACCGCCGCCGCCUCGCGUAACGCCGAACGGUUGAGGCGAGUGGUGGAGCAGCACUCGGCGCUGUUCGCUGCGGAUACCAACUUAGGUCUGGUACGGCAGGUGCUGUCCUCGCUGGCUGUUCGCGCCAUCCAGCGCCUCACCGCCACCUUCCUCACGCUCAGCCUGGCGGACAUAGCGGCGCAUGCGGGGCUGGCGGGAGGGGCGGCGGAGGCGGAGGAGCGGAUACUCAGGAUGGUUGCCGCGGGUCAAAUCCACGCGCGCAUCGACGGCCGCAGCGGCAUGGUGCGAUUCGCGGAUGACACCCGCACCUCCUCCUCCUCCUCGGGGGCAGCAGCAGCAGCAGCAGGCGGCAGUGGCGGCAGUGGUGGUGGCGGGUGGGACAACGUGGCGGGGGUUGCUGCGCUGGACGGCCGCAUGCGGGAGGUGCUGGAGCUGGGACGGAGGCUGCAGCAGGCGCAGGAGAUGGUCUCCACCGACCGCGCCUACCUGUCCAAGGUAACCGCUCGGGAGCGGUCCAAGUACGACUUCGGGGGUCUGGCAGCCGCGACCUCCCCCAGCAUGGCCAUGGCGGG